AUGGCGGUGCUGGGUGCGGACAAUCCGGCUGCGCCAGCCGUCGCGGCUUUUGAUGCGCUGCUUCGGGGGCUUCUUACAGAGGCGGAGAGGGUGAAGGAGGUGCCCACCAUCGAACCCGCGUUGAACAAGUCCGACUUUGACGAUCUAUCCGGACGAGUAUCAUCGACAGCGGCUCAACUUCCCCAGUUGGAAGGCGCCAAAGACGCCAAAGAGACCAAGGCAAGACAAUUCGGCAUCAUCGAAACUGCCGCUCGCGAUAUCUUCAGCAAUCUUAUUUCAACCACCACCAUCGAUUCUCCCGACUUCGUCAAGGUGUGGAACCUACUCGAUAUCCUUUCGAUCCUCUCCGAUGAUGGGCAAUGCGACCCUGCUCUCCUAUUUUGGUUGGCCGAGGAGCUACUGGACAGCCAAACUAUAUCCGGAUGCCGCAAGAUCUUUGACUUUCUUGAAUCGAGACGGGAACGAAUCACGGCCAAACACUUCAAGCAAAAGCAGUUGAUCAUUCUACGGAGUUGUAACGAGCUAUUGCGCCGACUAUCCCGCGCCGAAGACACCGCCUUUUGUGGCCGGGUCUUCAUUUUCAUGUUCCAGAGCUUCCCGCUUGGCGACAAGAGCUCAGUGAACCUACGGGGCGAAUACCAUGUCGAGAACGUCACGACGUAUGAGACCACAACAGCCGGAAAUGAUUCCAAGAUGGACGUGGAUACGCCGACUGGAGGCGCCAAGUCAACAUCCAGAUCAAACGACUCCAAGAAAGGAGACAAAGAGAAGCCCCUAUCGACCGAUGCAUUGUACCCCUUGUUUUGGUCCCUCCAAGAGAGCUUCAGUCAACCAAAGAGACUAUUUGAGGCUGCAAAUCUAGCAUCUUUCAAAGAAAGUCUUGGCGCCACGAUGAAGUUCUUUCAAACAAUACACAACGACUCUAGGCGAAGUCUCAAACGCAAGAGGGACGCCGGCGAAGAAGACGAGAACUCCAACGCUUUCAAUCCAAAAUACCUAACUAGUAGAGACCUAUUUGACCUCGAGAUUUCCGAUCUAUCCUUCCGCCGCCAUGUGUUGGUCCAGGCCCUCAUCAUCAUGGACUUUCUUCUCUCUCUAUCUUCUCAAGCGCGAGAGAAGCUCUCAUCGUCUCUAGCCACGAAUAAGGCCGUUAUAUACGGAGACCAAACGUUGAGCGAGGAAGAUACUAAAUGGGCAAACGACAUGAAGAAGACUAUUGCAGACUAUCUUCGACAAGGUGCUGACGGGCCAUACUUCUAUCGAAUGGUGGAAACUGUGUUGGCUCGAGACAAGAACUGGGUUCGAUGGAAGAUUGAAGGCUGCCAUGCCAUCAAGCGUGACCCCGUCUCCCCGGCAAGCUUCGUCGAGGCAAAGGCCAAUGUUCAGCGCAUGGCCACCAGCAAGCGAUUAAGAGCAGUCCCCAUGGGCUCCGUGUCCCUUGACUUUCUCCGUGAGGAGGACGAGGAGACAGCCAUGGAUCGGCUCAAAGCAAGGGAGAGAUUCCAGGUCCCAGACCUGGACAGCUUCAAGCGCAAGAUUGCGGACGACGACUUUGAGAUCGAGAUGUCAAACAAUCCACAGGCAAAGGCUGCCGCUAUCGCCGGCAAGGCUAGCAAGAGCUGGAGGGCGCUGCGCAUCGCUGCCCGCACGAAACUGGCUGCAUUCGACAAGAUUGAUGAUCCCCAGAACAUCAAUAUCGUGUUUGAGGAGCUCACCGAAGCUGAUGACGACGUUGAGCCCGCAGCCAGCGAAGAGGACAUGCCCAGCAAUCGAGACGCCAUCAUCAUCUCGGGUCCCGCUGGUGUUGGCAAGUCUACUGUUGUCAACAAGUUGAUGGAAGAGCGCAAGGGUGUGUUCGCAACCGUGGUUCGGCAUACUACACGUGAACCCCUUGACGGAGAGGUAAAGGGCAAGACAUUCCACUUUGUCAAGCAGCAGGAGUUUAACCAGCUCCGCGACGGCGACCGCUUGAUAGAGGCUGGCACUCGCGAUGGUGUAGACUACGGAACAAGCACCAAGGCCAUCGAUGCUGUCGUGGAGGCGGGAAAGAUUCCCAUAAUCGAGCUGGACCUCGAGGCUACACAGUACGCCAAGGACAUGGAUUUCCAGGCCCGCUACAUUCUCAUCAAGCCUUCUAGCCCUGAAGCUCUCGAGGAGCGGCUCAAGGCUACUGGCAAGGAAGAGUCAGUCAUCCAAGAGGCCAUCAAGAAGCUACCCACAGAGCUCGACCCAGCUAAGCUAGGUGAGCUUUUUGACAACACCAUCGCAGAUGACGAUGUGGACGCAGCAGCCAAGGCGCUUGGAGACUACAUCUACGAAAAGGGGAACGCGGACAAAGACACCGCUAUGGAGGACAAUGAGGAGGCUGCAGAUGCGAAGGAGACUGCCAUGACAGACGCAUAG